CUUCUAUAUUAUUCACACAUGCCUAUUCAAAAGGUUCUCAUCGCCGGUGGAGGUUUAUCUGGUCUGGUUCUCGCCCAAGGGUUGAAAAGAAAUGGCAUCCCAUUCGAGAUCUUUGAACGGGAUGAAUCUUCAGAUGCUAGAGGCCAAGGUUACUCACUCUCGGUUCACUGGGCUAUACCAUAUAUAAAACGCUGCAUGGACCCUGAACUCUUCAAAAACAUCGGUGAAGCUACUGUUAAUCCAGCAGAUCCAUCGGAUAUGGGUUUCGCGGUGCUCGACGGCACAACUGGUAAGGUCCUCAUAAACCUUAACCCCACACCAAACAAAGACAAUCCGAAAGGGUACCGUAUGAACCGCCAAAGGUUUCGAAAAUUCCUCGGCAAAGGCAUUGAUAUCCAUUGGAACAAGCGAGCCAAGGAAUAUGAGGUUACAGAGGAAGGUGUUGUUGUCCGUUUUGACGACGGAACGGAGACCAGAGGCGACGUUUUAGUCGGCGCGGACGGAUCGAAGUCUCGUAUUUGUAAAAAACUGCGGGGGCAGGAUCUAGAGACAACACCGCUUCCUGUCGCCAUCAUGGGAACUAUCAUCUCGGUUAACGGCGAAAAGUUCAAAGAGUUUCAGGCCAUCACUCGUACUCAUGGCAUAGCAUUUGGGCCUGAAACAGGAUGUGAAGGCACAUACGCAAUGUUUUUUUCUCUUAACGACAGUAACAUAGAAAAAGAUCAGUACGAUAUGCUCCUUGCAUUUUCGUGGUUAAAUGAAAGCGGUGAGCAUGGCGUGCCGGAAUCUCAGGCUGAAAAAGUUGCCCUAAUCAAGAAAAUUGGGUCAUCUUUCUGCGAGCCUUUUAAAUCUCUGGUGCAAAAUAUUAAUAAUGAUCAACCAAUACAUGAGGUUCAAGUGACUGAAAAGAUACCUCGUCCAUGGAAUAAUCAAGGAAGAGUUACUCUAGUUGGCGAUGCCGCUCAUUCAAUGUCGAUGUUUCGCGGAGAAGGUGGAAACCAUGCCAUGCGUGAUGCAGGAGAACUUUGCACCCACAUGGUCCAGGCACACAAUGGUGAAAAGACCUUGCAGCAAGCGUUGGAUGACUAUGAAAAAGAAAUGAUUGUUCGUGGAGCUGCCGCAACAGUUGAAUCUCACAAAGCUGCUUUCACUGCUCACGCGCCUUUGACAUUUUUUAUGCGGUGCCUUAUAUUAGCUGGCGCUACGUACUUGAAAGUAUAUUCAUACGUACCUAAUGUGAGAUCGUAUAUCUUUGGUAGUAAAUAAAAGAUCCUUUAUGUGUAAGCAUAGAACACAGUCGGUACAUAAUGUUAUUUAGUGAAAUGAGGACGAGGAUGUGGUG